CUUAGUUUUCUAGCUCUUUAUUACAUUCUUAUAGAAUUAGCAACUGGAACAUCCUUAGCUGCUCUUCUUGGAGAACCCGCAUUCUGGUUCUGUUCAUUACUGCAGAAUAUGAAGCAAAAGAUAACCAUUGAGGCGAACAUUUGGUGUGACAAAUGUCGGUCCAAGGCCAUGAAAAUAGCUGUUGUAGAAGAUGGUGUUAAAUCAGUGGCUUUCAAGGAGGCAAGGAGUGACCAAAUAGAGAUAAUCGGAGACGAUGUUGAUGCAGCGGGAUUGACCAGAUUGCUGAGGAAGAAGCUCGGCUAUGCAAACUUAUUGAGCCUGGAAGAAAUAACCGAAAAGAAAACUAGCCAAGAUGCGCAAAACACUAAUAGUUAUAGUCCAAUUAGGGGAAGAAGAUGUUGUCAUCACCAUGAGAUGGAAUUGCACAUCUAUGAUCCACCAUCAGGGGGUUGCACUAUUAUGUGACGAUAUAAAUAUAUAGCUAUAUAUAUCGUCACAUAAUGUAACGUUAUUAUUAUUGCCCUUUUUGGGGGAUUCAUCGGUUUGUUCUCUCUCUGACUCAACGUCUUUAUCGUAUGAGCGAGGCAUUCCCUUGUGGGAUAGCUUAGUUAUAUCACUAGUAAAUGUGAUCGAUCAAUACUAUUAAUACCUCUUAACUAUAAACUUGAAAAUACGUACGUGCUCACUGGAGAAUCUAGCUAGUUAAUUAGUAGUACUUUUGUGUGUAGUGUUUACUGUGUUUUGAAGCUUGUAGCGAUUACAGUUACUGGAUAUGUAUGUGUUUUGUAUUUUAUGAUCCUUGGGAGACUUAGAAAAGCACCUCCCUUGUUAGGGUCUCUUUCGAGUUCUUCAAGAAGUGAAGUUGAAAUCCAUUUGAUUAUCAUGAUU